AUGUCAUCCAAACGAGCCCUCCUAAUCGCCAGUACCUACGGCGGGCUAAAUGGAACCUUGAACGACGUUAAGACCAUGGAGGGUCUUCUCACCAAACGAGACUUCGAGAUAAUCCCCUGCUACAACGAAAAUGCCACUCGCGCUGGUAUCCUAGAGGCCUGGAAUAACUUGAUCGAGAGCACCUCUCCCGGCGACGCCGUGGUAAUCUACUACUCGGGACACGGAGCCCUAGUCCACGACGAGAAGCGAAAGGAGAAAAACAAAUCAUGGCAGUUCCAGUUCCUUGUCCCAGUUGACUACGACGAAUCAACUGAAGGGGACUUCCGGGGGAUUCUCGAUGUGGAGAUAUCAUACCUGCUCCGUGAUACGACAGACAAAACACGGAACGUUACGAUUGUUAUCGAUUGCUGUCACUCUGGUAGGAUGUUCCGGGAUCCGGCUGAGGAACCUGUUAAGCAUAAAAGUCUUUCAAAAGUACAGUUCCACGAUUUGAAUUUAUACUUGAAGCAGCUUCGGGAGAAGGGAUAUUUCCAUGGCGAAGUGUUUCAAUUGGGGAACCCGUAUGCGGUUCGGAUCGCUGCCGCGGCCACUGCGGAAAGUGCUUGUGAGCAUAUCAAUGCCCGCGGGCAAUGGUCUGGGGCCUUGACUGAUGCGUUGGCUAAGGCUAUGGGGGAGACGGAUGGCAUUGAUGUGUCGUGGAGGACUACGCUUGUCAGGGUCUGUCAACUGGUUAAUACCAGGCACCAGUGGCAACAUCCCCAAGUUGAGGGACCAGACACCCGGGCGCACUUCUCUUUGCAGCAUGUUAAGUCAGGGGCGCUGUAUGUCAAAGUAGAGAACGGUAAGGCCAUGAUUGAUGCAGGGAGCGUGGUUGGGGUGCGCAAGGGGAACGUUUACACUGUCGUUCCCUUCAACCCGGAUGAGGCAGACGACGGGGAGCCAGUCGUGGAAGCCACCGUUACUGCUGUGGCUGCAUUCAAAUCCAAAGCUGCGCUAACACAUAUGCCAUCAUGGAGGAGUAUAAACCACGAGGGUGCGUUAGCCUUCUUGAAACGUGAUGUUGUUGACAAGUUACCUGUGUCUCUUCCUCAGGCUCUGGAUGGUCUCCAAGCAGGAGUGGAAGAAUCCAGAUACCUCAAGCCUUCUAGUCCAGAUGACAAGCAGGCACCAUUGGCGGAGUUUCGUCAUGAGGCGGGCUCUAUUGUGCUAGUCGAUCAUCAAGGAGUCCGAAUCAGAACACGCCCGAUUGACAGCACCGAGGAGGGUACCUCUCAAGCAUUCAGUGACAUUAUCGCCGAUGCAGAGCGGCUAGCCCGCGCAAAGCGUGUUCGGGAAUUAUGCUGCGAAAGAAGACAGGAUCUUCUAGCACACAACUUACAGGUAACAGUUGGGACCGUGGAAAAUGGCGAACCGAAAGUCAAUUUCCAGAUGGCAGGGAACGAUCGCAUUGCCGAAGGAGAGUCCGUCUAUAUCCGUCUCGAGAACGCUGGCAGUACUGCCCUAUACGUCUCCGUGCUGAAUAUCAAUGUUGUCGGCACUGUUUCAUCAUUAACCGGAGCAUGGCCCUUGGGUAUUGAGCUCCCUGGUGGGCUUGAUAUAACGCUUGGAAGUAAUUCCUUUGAUGAGCUAGUAGGCUCCAAGCUCUCUUGGCCGACCGGGGUCGCAACCGACCUUCCUGUGGAGGAGAGGUUUGUUAUCCUUGUCUCGAACCGCCCAGUCAGUCUGAAUUAUUUGGCGGAAUCGGUAAACCUCGACGUAGAUAUUCUGCGCGAUGCCGCCGAGUUUGUCAAAACUGCCGCACAUCUCUACGAUGUCGUCCACGUUCCGUUCAAACUUUACGCCAAGGGUACCGAUUUGGACGAUGUUCCUGAUCUAGACGAUGAUUCCUCUAGUGAAACUGUAUUUUACGAUGCCCUGGACGAACUACCGGACCAGUGCAUCCUAGCCGCGAAUCUACCAGAGCCAGAGACGGUGGCCGAAUGGGCAGAUGCUCUGAGCUAUCCUCUAGACUCUGUACCCAAGGGCAUCUUCGGGGCCAUCCUCCGAACCAGCAAAAAUAUCCCACCGUGCAUUCGAGUAAUCAAUCAGCAUACGGAGGAGAUAACCGUCGUAGUGUCCAAAUACCGGCCUAAUCGGAUGCUAUCAGAUGUAGGGAUAAAUGCUUCCGCCACAGGUGCUGGCGUUAAUUUCGGCACAACGACUUUCAACGGACCGGCGACUAAGAAGACUCUUGCUUCACAGACGGAUGAAUGUGGAUGCUGCGUUGCUACUUUUCCUCUCUGGUCUCGAAGCGAGGGUUUCGGUGUGAUUAGCAUAUUUAAAGGUCCGGAGAAGGUGUUGUAUAUCGAAAACGACCGGGUGCCCGCUGGAGCUACGGCGUACUUUGCGAAUAAGCCCGACCUGCGGCUUGAGAAGUAUGCCGCCGGACAGCAAUGGUUCAUAAACGGAACCAACCAACAACGUGUCUAG